ACGACCGAAAAAUUAAAGACGACCGAAAAAUUAAAGAUCAGUCCGUAUGAAGAUCAAUCCGCUGAAUUUUUUGGUGAUCCAUUUUCACGGAAAAGCCCACAAAACAUUAAAGCUAAGCCCAUUUAAGUACGCAACUGCGAUUUUGUGGUUGCCGCCGGAGAGCGUGAAAAUGGUGGGAAGAAGUUUGGUCGGGGCGAAGAAUCUGUGGCAGCUCAAACAUCUCUUUUCCAAUCCCUUCAUCUUUCGACCCUUAUUAUUAUCCCAACAAACCAGUCUUUUUACUGCAACAUGCAAGAUUCCCGUGGUUGGGUCACACACAAUAGCACAAAAAUGGGUAUAUUCGGGUCGGUUUUUCUGUACGGCUGACAGAGCUGUGGAAUCAACUACUGAUGUUGAAGAGAGUUGUGGAGAAGGCAAAAUCAAGAGGAAGAAAUUGAAGGGUAAAAGACAAGUUGUCAGGUGGUUAAAGUUCUUUAGGUGGAAAAAGAAGAAAGAUUUCCAAAGAAUGACUGUACAAGAUAAAAUUCUUUACAAAUUGAGCAAGGCACGGAAAAAAGAGGAAAGGCUUCUUGAAGCUCUUACGAAAGUUGAGCCCAAGGAAAACUCAGAAGCUACCCAUGAUCCGGAAAUACUGACUCCAGAAGAACACUUUUACUUUCUGAAGAUGGGAGAGAAGUGCAAGAAUUAUGUGCCAGUUGGAAGACGUGGGAUACACCAAGGUGUCAUCCUUAACAUGCACCUGCACUGGAAGAAGCACCAAACUCUAAAAGUGGUGGUGAAAACAUUCUCUCCUGAGGAGGUAAAGGAAAUCGCUGCAGAGCUUGCAAGAUUAAGUGGUGGAAUCGUUCUGGAUAUACAGGAUGACGACACCAUUAUAAUGUACAGGGGGAAGAAUUACUCUCAACCUCCAACAGAAAUAAUGUCUCCAAGAAGUACUCUUUCCAGGAAAAAGGCCUUGGAUAAAUCUAAAUAUCGAGAUGGCCUGAGGGCUGUCAGAAGAUAUAUUCCACGGCUUGAACAGGAUCUUGAGCUGCUUCGAUUGCAGACUGAAAAUAGAAGUGGUACUCCUGAACAAAAUCAAGUAACUGGGUCUGAGAAUUUUGACCCUGAACAUUCUUCGAACCUUCAAACUGAGGCAUCAAAUAAGCUCAAAGAGAUGAUGAUCAAAAAUGCUGAACAAGGUGAAGGAGACGAGUCCACAGCAGAAUCAGAUAUAGUUUCAGAUUCAGAAGAUCUUUCAGAUAUUUUCGAAACAGACUCUGAGGAAGAGGAUGAGGACAAGACUGAGGAACCUCUUUACUUGGAUGAGUUUGAAAAUUUUCCUGUACACAGCAAUGGAGAAGAAGAGGAUUUUGAGGAGCAUUUGCGUCAGAUAUCUGCUAACUCGAGGAAAGAGAAAUCCCAGGGUAAAGAUGCGGACACACCAGAUCCUGAUGAAGUUGAUAAAAUGAUUCUGCAAGCCGCAUCACUUUUGAAGAAAAGGAAGAGAUGAAUGCCUGUAUAUUCUUAGCAAUAUCCUUCACUUGGGUAUCCUCAGGCUACGAAUUAACUAACUAAUAGAGCCUUUAUCCAAGGAAUCCCUUUUCUCCAAUGGGUUCGAACUGUAAGACUAACAAGUGAGAAGAAGCAAAGAUAAUUGAGGUUCAUCUUUGUGGUUCAUUUGCAUCUGUCCAAAGUCCUUUGAGAGUAUUGAAGUAGAAAGAUGGUAUACAGUCUGAUUCAUAGCAGUGUUCAACCAGAAUACAGAGACUGAAUGUGGAGAGGAGCAGGCUUGACAAAGCUCUUCUACUGGACAAGGAUACAAGAUUGCAAUCAUUAGACUUGUCAAUGAGAUCAGUGUGGAUUGGUGAAAGGGCUUAAAAAGCAGUACUUGCUGGUUGAAUAAUCAGUUAACUGGGACACUCUCACUGGUUGGGGCAAUUUCAUUCUGGGGUUAGAUUUUUGUAUGGGAAUAAGACUACUUAAUAUCAAAUGUUAAUUUACCUCUCUAAGCGAAAAUAGAGAUUCACGUGUUUCAGCAGUAAGGGCAUUGCUACUCUUGUUAUCAAUGGUGUUGCGAAAAGUAUAAGCCUUCUUUCUGUCUUUACUGCUGA